AGCCCCACAGUUCUGAUUAUUUCUUCAAAGUGAAACAAUGAAGUCUUCGAGAAAAUUAAUCCUGUUGCUUACAAUCUUAAUGCUAGCUUCAAUUAAAGCAACACCUUCUACAACAGAAGUUCAACAGAAAACACCAGACGAUUUUUCAUACGAAGAUUAUUUAAAUAGAACUGAGAAACGACUAACCAGUUACGAUGCGCCUUUUUCUCCACUACAGCGAAAAUACAUCGUCACCUUAAUCAAGCUGAACUGGUAUGCAGCAUAUGCUUUCUGCGAUCAAAAUGGUUGGUCUCUGGCCAGCAUUGAAUCUACGUUGGAGCAAUUUCAAGUGCAAAACUAUUUAAAUUACUUUAACCUUCAAAGCAACCAUUUCUGGACAUCAGGUAAUAAGCUCGCCGACUUGCAAAACUAUCGCUGGGGUUAUAAUGGCUCGAAAUUUAGUUAUACCAAUUGGGUGACGGGUGGACCCAAUAGUUUCAUGGGUGGUCAACAUUGUGUAAAAUUGCAGGAGAACACUUUGAAGUGGGAUAAUGAUUUCUGCGAGAAUAGUCAUCAUUUCAUAUGUGAAAUGAAUAUAGAUUCAGGUUAUGGAUAUACAGUUCGACGUUAAAAACCCUGUUGUAAAGAAGGGAAUGAAUUGGUGGAAUUAAUAAAAUGUGCUAAGAUAAAAAGCUCUCCAAAAUUGUAAUGAAUGAAUUGAAAAAAAUAUGUAUCAAAGUAAUUGGAUUUAUUAAAAGCCUACAUGGCAACUUAAAUAUUACUCGGGGAUCAUUGAA